CUACCCCCCAACCUUUCGAUAUUCAUACAACUAACUGUAGUCCGACCAUCACAGUGGCAAGGGUACUUGUAACAUUUCGAGACGAAGCAACUGAAAAGAGGAACGUGGGCGAGGUGUUCAUACAUCUCCUCAUCGAAAAACAAAGAGACAACAAUGGUCGUGGUAGUAGCGAGAUCUCUGACCGUUACUGCCAUAUUAGGUUUCGUGACAUCAUGUAAUGCUCAGCCUAUGAGAAGAAGACCUCUUUCUACUGUGCUAGAAGUUGAAGACCUCGAAUCUUAUCCGAGUCAUCUGGAACAGGCAGAGGUGGACUUUGACGUAAGGAAUAGCGGUAGCAGUAGAAGUAGCAGAAAAGAACAGGAUCGGAGGGGUCUCGGUAGGACUUGGGGGCACGGCAAGGAAGAGAAACACAGCAAGCUAGGGAAGACGAAUCGUUCAAAGGGAGAUAAGAAAUCAGGGAAACGAAUGAAAUUCGACAAAGUACUUGGAGGUCGCAAAUCGAAGUCUGGAAAGAGUAGAGACGCUUUGUGGGACGAUGUGAUUGGCAUGUCCAUGUCAAUGCCAUCAUCGCCGGUUGAUAAUCCUGCGAACCCCCCCUCGGCAAUGACUCCGUCGAGGGAAACACAGAAGCCAACACAGAGACCGACACCAAAGCCGACGAAUGCACCUGUACCUCGUACCCCUUCACCAACACGAACACCUGGAUGCGAAUCUUUACCAAAAGAAGAAGUACUGAAGGAAACUCUCGAAAAAGUGACGCAAACAUCCAUUUUGGAGGACUCCUCAACACCUCAAGGAAAUGCUUUUCUCUGGAUGCUCAAUCGAGACCCGGCGCAGGUAGAUCCAUGUACGUACGGCACUGUAGAACAACGUUACGCCCUGGCAACCUUUUUUUAUUCCACCAAUGGAAGCGGCUGGGACAACUCUGAUGGUUGGCUUGUGGAAUCCAACGAAUGUGCAUGGAGCGGAAUCAAAUGCGAUGGAGAUAACCGUGUUAUCGAACUUGGGGCUGAUGAUGCACUUGGUAAGUACUAUUUCUAUUGAAAUGAAUGGAUUGAUGAUGCUUUAGUUGUUUGACAUUUUGAUUUCUUCCGCUCUAGGGAUUGAACAUGCUAAAAAAUAAAUAUGAUCCUUUCUAUUGACUUUGUCUUUCUUCAGUUGCAAACGAUUUGUCAGGUGUCUUACCCGAUGAGAUCAAGGCGUUGAAGAGAUUAGAAAUGAUACAGGUCGGUGCGAACGCAAUCGGAGGGUCAAUCCCGGAUGUUUUAACCGACCUUCCCAACUUGCGUCAUUUUGACGUCGAAAUCAACUCUCUUUCUGGACCGGCAUUCGUAAACUUGGAAGGUCUGGAUCAACUCGAGAGUUAUCGCAUUUCGGCAAAUCGAUUCUCUGGAAGAAUCGAUCCAGCUAUAGGCGACAUCACGUCUUUAAAAGAAUUAUGGAUGGCAGACAAUCAGCUUACUGGGCCAAUUCCAGAAACAUUCGGAAACCUCGUCAACAUCGAAACCCUUUAUAUGUAUCGUAACAAUCUGGUCGGAAGCCUUCCAGAUAAUCUGGGACAGAUGGGAAACCUUAAGGAACUGCAGAUAUUCAACAAUUUCUUGUCAGGAACUAUACCUGAAGGUUUGUAUAGCAACACCGAAUUGGGUCUGAUGAGAUUGGAUGGCAAUAAAUUUACUGGAACUGUCUCCGAGUCGAUUGGCAACCUAAUCAAACUUGGAGAUUUGAGAAUCAACGAGAACUUAUUCACAGGAACAUUACCUGGCUCGUUUUUCAAUUUGUCCCGUCUAGGUACGUGCCUUGAUUACAUCGGAAAAUGAGAAAAUUUCCUCUACAAAUCUUUGUCCUCUUCCCGCCGAAGACCAAACUCACAUUUUAAUGGAUCCAUUCUUCCAAUUACAAAUUAAGUUGUUCUGCGACUGAAUAACAAUAAUUUUGUUGGAACCCUUAGAGAUGGUUUCGAUUCUUGGCAGAGUCUUGAUUUCGCCGACUUCCGAAACAAUGGAUUCGAGGGAACACUUCCAGGAACAAUAUUUGAUAUCCCAACGAUUCGGAUUUUAUAUUUUUCCAACAACAAUUUGGGUGGAACUCUUCCCGCUACAUAUAGCAACUCGCCAGUCCUCCGUGAUCUAUUUUUAAGCGGCAAUCAACUGUCGGGCACGAUUCCUGGCAUUCAGGCCGGUCAACUUUCGGUGCUUACCGAACUUUUGCUGGAGGAUAACCGAUUUACAGGCACCAUGGCAGAAUCUAUUUGCAACCUCCGAGCAUCGGGACAGGGAUUGCUAGAGGACUUGUGGGUUGAUUGCGGAAGAGACGCAGAUCCUAGAAUCGAAUGUGACGUACCGGGAUGUUGUACAGCUUGCUUUCCUUCUUUAUCUUCUUAGGGGUACGAGGUAAUAAAGGAUCCACAGAGAAACAAAAAUUACUCAUACGGCUCAGUAUGUCACUCUUUUUGAGCCAUUUACUCUUAUUCAUUCAUUCAUAAAAGCCUUUAAGAGCA